CCAGUCGUGGAAAAACAAGACAUUUCAAAAAACAACUUUUCGCCGCUGAGAGGUAACGUCAUUCAAAAACCGCAAAAAGUGAACGGCCUCAAAAGAGCCUCCGUGAGUAAGCUGGUGAAUUUAAAGGACAAUUUGAACGGAUUACAGGAGAUUCAAACCGAUUUGGAGAUCGAAACCGCAAGGAUGGAGAAUUUCGAUGACCUUUCCAACGAUCAACUUCGGUUGAAGAUGCUGGAAUACGGCAUGCCUAAUAUGCCCAUAACGGCAACAACCCGGAAGUUGGUGGUCAAAAAGCUGAAAAAUUACGUCGAGAAUGCCAACAGCAAAACCCGUCGAGAUACGAUUCAUGUCACAAAGUUUUCCUCCGAUGAAGACACGGAUACAGCGGAAGAACCGAAGAAGGCCCCAAAGAAGGAAUCCAGUCGACGGGCCACCAUUGGAGGUUCUGCAGCCAAGUUGUCCAAAACUCUCCCAAUAGUGCCGGAUUUACCGCCACCGUCGAAAGCAACCUCGACAAAGUCUGAUAAAGCCGCCGAUCCCGUGCAGAAGCGCAGAUCCGGUAGAAUUACGCCGGUUCAAGGCAAAGACGAGGCUCCGACAGUGACCGCCCCGAAAGAACCGAUGAUUGUGGAAAAUUCCGACGACGAUGAGGAUGAAGAUAUGCUUCCGUUGGCUCAGCCGGUAAAUCGUCGGGACCGGAAGUCUAAAAGCCCAUCGUUAUCGCGUGCCGAAAUGGUCACCACUUCGUACAUUCAUCAGGUGGAAGUUGCCCCCAAGAAGACCAUAGUGGAGACAAUGGAAAUCGAUUUGACCGAGUCGACAGAUGACGUUUUGAUGGAGCCGGAGCCUGUCCCGGAACCCAAAAUACGGCCACAGGUUACCCCAUCGCGUGAAUCUCGUUAUAAUACAUCUUCCAGCACAGCCACCAGCAAGAGAACCACAAUUGCCGGAGGAUUUUCCACUACGACAUCAAAUCGCCCCAGCGAGCUCUCUACGUCUUUCGGACGCCCCUCCAUGUCUACCGUGUACUCUUCCCCCAGGACAGAAACGCGCCGCGAGGAAGCUAACUUGGAACCGACCGAUUCUCCCUAUUUGAGUGAGUUCACUAAGCGUCUGUCCCGGUUGAAGGCGGAAAACGCCCAACUGAACGCCGUCCGGGACCAUCCGAUCAGGCGUACGAUUGCAUCGAGCUAUGCUUCGACCCGGGGAUCCGAUGGGGACUACGUUUCAUCCCGGCUGGCAACGGUGCGCGGUCAGCGACCGGAUGAUGGCAAGAAGGAAGGCGAAAUCCGGGCAUCCAUUCGGCAGGUUAUCCUCUCGCUGGAUCAGAAGUACUCGAUCCGGAAGAUGUUCUACCUGCUGAUCGUGGCCAUGAUCGUAAUAUUCCUGUUUGUAUUUUUCUUCCUGUAAACGACGACGGUGGCCGGAAGGAGAUUUUGGUGUAAAUGGAGGAAGCUGUUUUGUGUAUUACGAGCGUUGUGUUUUAUUACUUGCCGCGUAAGGUUUAUGUGAAAUAUUUCAAUAUUGAAUAAAGUAAUUUUAGUCUUGCUAAUACUCCUAA